AUGGUGCUCCCAAAGCCAGUGGAGGGCCUUGAACCCCUCCUGAUCAAGGAGGGCGACCUGGUGAUUGUUUAUGAGAGCUACACAUCCAUCAAUUCUGCAUACAUGGACAGCAAGGGGACCUACACCAGCCGCUUUGGCAACUUCCUCCACAAGGACUGGAUUGGCACGCCUUAUGGCGCCCGCGUGCGCAGCCGCCCGCCUGGCCGUGGCUGGGUGCAACUGCUCGCGCCGACACCGGAGCUGUGGACGCUGGUGCUGCGCCACCGCACUCAGAUCCUGUACAUUGUUGAUAUCGCCAUGGUGGUCACGUACCUGGACUUGCGACCCGGCUGCCUCGUGCUCGAGUCGGGCACCGGCAGCGCGAGCCUCACGCACUCGCUCGCGCGCGCAGUCGCGCCCACCGGCCGCGUGCGCAGCUUCGAGUUCCACGAGUUGCGCGCCAAGGAGGCCGCGGCCGAGCUGCUGCGCAACGGGCUGCCGCCGACGCUGGCGAGCGUGGUGAUGCGCAACAUAGAAGAGAAGGGGUUCCCUGUUGACGAGCUGGAGGGCACGGCUGAUGGCGUUUUUCUGGACCUGCCGGGACCCUGGAAGGUGGUGCAGUCGGCGGCCCAGUGCCUGAAGCCGAACGGGCGCUUCUGCUCCUUCAGCCCGUGCAUCGAACAGGUCCAGCGCACAUGCGAGGCGCUGGACGGUUGCGGCAUGACUGACAUCGUGACGUAUGAAGUGCUCCUGCGCAACUACGAGGUCUGCGAGGAGACGCUACUAGCGCAUGUGCUUAAUAAUGCGCCAGUCGCUGAUGGUGGCCCAGAAUUAGAGGCAGAGGCGGUGGCGGCUGGGGCAUCAAAGAAGCGUGGACGGGAAGACGGCAAGGAGCUGGGCAGCAACAAAGCUGUAGGGGUCAGCAGGGGCCCGGAGCAGCAGCAGCAGCAGCCGUCGCAACAGCAGUUGCAGGCUACUGCGGAGGGGAGCACAGCAUCGCUUGGCCAGCUACAGGAGCAGGGCCAGGUGCAGCAGCAGCAGCAACAGCAGCAGCAGCAGCAACAACAGCAGCAGCAGCAACAGCAGCAGCAGCAGCAACAGCAGGAGCAGCAGCAGCAACAGCAGCAGCAGCAGCAGCAGCAGCAACAGCAACAGCAGCAGCAACAGCAGCAGCAACAGCAGCAGCAACAGCAGCACUGGCAGCGGGGCCGGGACCACAUUGGCGACGGCGCCCCUUUGACGCCACCCAUCAAGAUGGUGGUCAGCAAGCCGUCCAUGGACGCACGCGGGCACACUGGUUACCUGACUUUUGCGCGGAAGUUCUUGUAA